AUGAACGAGUAUGGAUAUGGUGAGAUGAUGAACGAUUAUGUCUAUCUUGAGGAGGUCGGCAGAAGGGUCAAAGACUGGGGUGGGGAAAUUAUACGAGGUGGUUUCGACCAGAAUACGUCCGAUAGAAAAGGCAAAGGAAAAAUCACGGCGACGAGCAUGCGAGGGGGACGUGGUGGUAGAAAUACUGGCGGAAAAGGUUCAGGAAAGAGUAAACGCGAGAUUCUCAAGCUUCAGUUGGAAACACGCAAUAUUUUCAUGGAACUUCUACCACUUGGGAUGGAAAAAAAAAAGUUGAACCAGUCUACCUGGGAUUCUAGAUCCCAAUCUGCCUCACUAACCAUCGAAAUUAUCCUGCAUCCUCCCCAUAAUCCCCUCGCCUCGUCUUUAGAACCGAUAACCCUCUUGACCCACCGCAACAACCUUUCGACUCCCCUCAUCAAACUCAUCGAGUCUCACGUUGAGGAUCACCUUCAAAAGGCCAACAAGGCUUCCGCAAGAUCCGCGACCGUAGCUGUACUCCCUGACUGGAUUCACGACCUCUUCCCUUCUCAUGAUCCAUUCGACUCCGAAGCACCGACACCACCUGUCUUUCUAAUGCGGGUAUCUCCGCCGACCGAAUACCCGAACAUCAACAUGCCUAUCCCCCAACUAAGCAACGGCAAGCAUAUUCGAUUCUACCGUAUCCUCACGCCGAACGACUCUCUUUUGACAUCGCUCCAGGACAUUCCCUUCGUCGAGUUUCCUACCAUCGAGGUCGCCGAUCCAGACACCGUAUCAGAGGGUGCUUUUCACGGUUUGAUAAUACAAGAAGACUCAAUACAUCCAGGUGGAACAUAUCAGAAUCACUGCCCACCCAAACGACAAAAAGUCACGGUGGACAAGAAAGCCUUCGCCGGGCUUUUGCACGGGUAUGGAAGUAGUGAAAGUGGUAGUGGCAGUGAUACCAAUUACAACGGGGAGGGAAAGGAAGAUAGGAAAAGUAAGGACAAGUCGGCAUUGGAGGGCCUAGGAGGAUAUGAUUCGUCGGGCGAUGGUGAGGAUGGCAUAGAGCAACAACGCCGGCCAAAAGAAGAGGUGAUGAUGGACGACUCGGAUGAGGAUGAGGAUCUUGAAGUCACUCUAGAUGCAAAAGCUUCGGAAGAACUGGUCAAACUAGCAUGGCGUGUGGGAGAGGGUGAAGAAGAGGUUGCUUGGGAUGACUCAGACGUCGAGUAG